AUGGCUGGAGACUUUGCUUGCCUGGGGCCACUUGCCCCUUUCUGGCUCUGCCUGGUGGGGGUCUCGCUCCUCGGUCCCCCUGUGCAGACCUUCAACCUGCACACCGACAGCGCCACAUUCUUCUCUGGACCCAGCAGAAGCUAUUUUGGGUUUGCCUUGGACUUCUACCAGGACAGCAAAGGCAGCAUGAACGUGGUUGUGGGAGCCCCUCGGGCCAACACAUCGCAGCCUGGAGUGAAGGAGGGAGGCGCUGUCUACCUGUGUCCCUGGAAGUCCAGUGGUGGGCCCUGCACUCCCAUCCAAUUUGAUGCUGAAGGUGACCGCACAGGCACAUUCGGAUCCAUUACUGCGAAAACAUUCAAGUCCAACCAGUGGUUUGGAGCAUCUGUAAGCACCUGGAAAGACAACGUCCUGGCCUGCGCCCCUUUGCUGCACUGGAAUGUCAUCCACGGCAACAGGGAGGAGGCCACCCAGACGCCCGUGGGCAGCUGCUUCGUGGCCACCGGGAGCCUGCAGCGCUUUGUCGAAUACUCCCCGUGCCGCGCAAUCCAAGCCCACUCUGUGUACAGGGCAACGCAUUUUGCAAAUGACAAGCGCUACUGUGAAGUUGGAUUCAGCUCCGCCAUCUCUGAGUCUGGGAGAGUGUUGCUUGGUGCACCUGGUGGAUACUACUUUGGAGGUCUAGUCUUCUCAGCCAACCUCUCGGCAGUAGUCGCGAGCUCCCAGGAGUCUCCUCUGUUGCUGCGGACAGUUAGCCAACAACAAGUGACACCAGACUACAGUGAAACAAGCUAUGAUGAUGCCUACCGGGGCUAUUCAGUGGCUUUGGGGGAGUUUGAUGACGAUCCACAGUCCCCAGAAUACGUUGUGGGUGUUCCAAACAAACAUCUAACAAGAGGAGUGGUAGAAAUUUUGUCCUUCAUGCAAGUCCGGUGGACCCUCCCCAGUGAAAAGAUGGCAUCGUAUUUUGGGCACACCGUUGCAGUAGCUGAUAUAAAUGGAGACGGGAAAGACGACAUUCUUGUGGGGGCCCCCCUCUUCAUGGAGCGCCAUUCGGACAGCAAACUCUAUGAAGUGGGGAGAGUCUACUUGUACCUGCAGCGGAAGACCCCCCAGGCGUACAGCGUCCCCUGGCAGAAACUGACCGGCACGGAGGCCUAUGGGCACUUUGGCAUGGCGAUUGCACCCCUGGGUGAUGUGGACCAGGACGGAUACACCGAUAUAGCGAUUGGAGCCCCCUUUGCUGGCCAGGAGGUGGGUGGCCGCGUGUACAUCUACAGCGGGCAGAGUGAUGGUUUGAGCACAUCUCCCGUCCAGAUCAUUGAGAAUCCCUUCGGCAGAUCAGCUGGCUUUGGUUUCGCCGUUCGUGGAGCCACGGACAUCGAUGCGAACGGCUACCCCGAUGUGUUGGUUGGGGCAUUUGAGGCCAGUAAGGUGGCAGUGUACAGAGCCCGGCCUGUCGUGGUCAUCGAAGCCGGAGUGGUGGUGCCAGAGGCGCUGAACCCAGAGGAGAAAAGCUGCACAGUGGCGAAAAUGAAAGUCAGCUGCUUCACCAUCCAGAUGUGUGUUGGAGUGUCAGGGAAAACCAUACCCCUCAAAAUGGGCCUCGAGGCAGAGCUGCAGCUGGACCGCAUGAAGCAGAAAUUCUGGCGAAGGGUCUUCCUGGAGCAAACCAGCCAGUCCAGCCAGGUGUUCCCCCUGGAACUAUCGAGAAAAGGGCCCCAAACCUGUCGGAACAUCACGGCCUACCUGCGGGAUGAGAUGGAUUUCAAGGACAAGCUGAGUCCCAUCGUCAUCAGUUUCAACUUCCGUUUGGGAUCAGCCGUGGAAGCUGGAGAUCUGGAGCCCGUGCUGUCUGGCCAAACGAUGGUCCAGAAGCAGACCCGUAUCAUUUUGGACUGUGGAGAGGACAGCAUUUGUAUCCCGGACCUCCAACUGUUCGCUAAUGCGAUAGACAGACCCCUCCUUAUUGGGGCAGAGAAUGUGCUCCUCAUCCACAUAGAAGCUGUGAAUGCUGGCGAAGGAGCCUACGAGGCCGAACUGGUAGUGGAGCUGCCGAGGGGAGCGUACUUUCAAACGGCUCAUGUCACCUCACAGAAGCUGAUCUGCAAUUCCCGAAAGGAAAACGAAACCAGCAUGGUGGCCUGUGAAUUAGGCAACCCAAUGAAAUCUCACACAGAGAUGCAGGUGGACAUGGAGGUCAGCGUCAGUCAACUGGAAGAGGCUGGUGAAGCUGUCACUUUCAGGAUGCAGCUCAAAAGUGGGAACAGAGACAACCCAAACAGCAAUGUGAAGCUGCUGCAUGUGCCAGUCGAGGUUGAGGCGAGGAUGAAGCUGUGGGGGAACUCUGCUCCAGCCAGCGUUCUGCUCCCACUGGUUACUGAGAACCCCAAAAGUGAGAGCAAGAAAGUGGCUGACUACGGGCCCCCAGUGGAGCACAUUUAUCAGUUGCAGAAUGAUGGUCCGAGUUCUGUUUCUGGAGCUGAACUUCUUGUGAACUUUCCCAAUCGUUUCCGGGGAAGCUUCCUCCUCUACAUCACAAAGGUUACCACGGAAGGCAGCAUCAGCUGCUCUCCUUCCAAUGAGACCAACCCCCUAAAGCUCGAGGUUCUGGAGCCCACUGCGACCCCCACCUACAACGGGACUUUCCAGCCACAAAGGUGGCGCGAGAAACGUGAUGUGACCGCAGAGGCUGACCGAGCAAUGCUGCAGGGACCUGUUAUGGUGAACUGUAGCAGUCAGGCCUGUGCCGCCAUCCUCUGCCAGGUGGGGGCGCUGGAGAAGGGGCAGGGAGCUUCUGUCUCGAUCCAUACAGUGCUGUGGCUGCAGACCUUCCAAGAGUGUCCCCUGGAACACUUCCUCAUCCAAUCCCAGGCCUGGUUUGGGGCCUCAGGAAUGCCAUACCGAAUACAGCCGAAAGUUCUGCCGAGCGGGAUCUCCAUGGCAGAGACGUUGGUGGAGAGGCUGAAUCCUGAUGCUGAGAAGAGCAUUCCUGUCUGGUGGAUCGUUGCCGCUGUGUUGGCUGGCCUUUUCCUCCUUGCUGCCUCCAUUACCCUGCUUUGGAAGACUGGUUUUUUCAAGAGAACACGCCCUCCCGCAGAAGAUGAGGAAGAACUGACAAAUGACCCCCAAAUAUAAUCUGUAGAGCAGGAGCAGCAGCGGCUGCUCUAGAUAUCCAGGAUCCAUCCCUACAUUGUCAGAUCUCAUCCCUGCUGGGAUCCAUCCCUACACUGUGCCAGGGAAAUGCCAGCCAAACACACACACCCUCACCCCCCCCCCCCCCCCGUUGCCUUCCUUCCUCCAGGAGCCCUCUCCCCUUCAGAUCCCCAUAUCUUCAUGCCACCAACCAGCACCUCCCUUCUCUAGGAUUUAGGGAGGUGUGGAGAUGAGAAUUCCACUACACACUUUGAGGACAGGAGAGAUGACUUCUCUCCACUCCCCUCACCCAAAAAACCCAGCCGUGACUUCCUUCAAGCACCCCCUGCGAAUCUUUUCACAACGCUGGGGGGGAGGUGGAACCCAGGCUGUAGAAAAUGGAGUCUCCUAAACGAUGGUUUGCAGAAACAGACAGUAAAAUCAUGCCAUUUGCACUAAAUGCAUGUCAAAAUAAUCAUACAUGACCAUUAAAUCACCAGCAAUAGAGUGAAAGCAAGUAUAGUAUAAUUAUUAGAUUGUCGCAUCCAUCAUGUUUUAUGCUUUUUUAAUCUUUGGUUUAUUUUAUUUGUUGUAUUUGGCCAGUGCGUGCUACUUGGAACUUUGCAAUGGCAGAUUAUAAUAGUUUAAGUAAAUAUGGCACACUGCUCCUUUC